AUGGCGGCCGGCCGCGCCACCCUGGCCCUGCUGGCAAUCUCGCUGGCUGUCGCGGCCAGGCCGGCGGGCGCCCAGUCGCAGGGCGCCGCGCUGGAGCGGCUCAGGAGCGCCCUGCAGCCACAGGGGUGGUCGGGGAUCGACCCCAACAAGGACAUCUGCGAG